CUUUUUCCUCUUUACCAACAAGCAAAAUGCAACUGCUACUCUCCUCAGCGCUGCUAAUCGCAGCCUCGCUGCGACCGGUCGUCGGCCACGGCCACCUCGUGGACCCGGUCCCCGCGUUUACCGACAAGUAUGGCGACCCGACCAAGUUUGCCGCCACGUUGGACGGACCCACGGUGCUUCCUGGUAGCACGUAUGGUCAAGGCCCCGACUGGAACACGGACGAGUUUACCAAGCACUUUAAGGCCAGCUCGUUCAAGACGCUCAAGGCCUUUUUGGACGCGCACCCGAGCGGCGGCGACUGCGGCAUUACCGACGCCAACGGUCCGGCACAGCCAUUGCCGAGCACCGUCAAGUGGGCCAACGGCCAAGAAGGCUUCAUCUCGUCGCACCAAGGACCGUGCGAGCUCUGGUGUGACAACAUGCGCGUCUUCCACGAUAACAACUGCGCCGCCAACUAUCCGAACGGACACAUGUCGAUCGACCCGUCCAAGUGCUCGGGCGCGAAGCGUCUGACGAUGCUCUGGCUCGCGCUGCACUCACCGCAGUGGCAGGUGUACAAGAACUGCGUCAACCUCAGCGGCGCGGCGCCAGGUCCUGGUCCCAACCCCAGCCCGAACCCGAGCCCGAACCCGAGCCCCAGCCCGUCGUCAGGGUCGCCUACCAUGUCCCCAUCGCCUCGCCCGUCGCCGAGCCCGUCAGCAAACCCGGCACCGAGUCCCUCUGUGAACCCAAAUGACCCGAUCCAAGGCUGGAAGCAGUGCGGCGGCGCCGGCUACAGCGGCAACACCAAGUGCAUCAAUGGGUUCCAGUGCACGAGCCUCUCGUUGACGUACUCGCAGUGCAUGCCCAACUCGAGCAACAAGGGCCAAGUGCUUCGCUUUGGCCAGUGCGGCGGCGUGUACUACACGGGCAGCACCGAAUGCACACCGGGCGACCAUUGCGUUCCGAGCAACCCGUGGUUUUCGCAAUGCCUCCCCAAGUAGAACAUCUCUCGGCUGAUAGUUUAGUUGUUAUUGUUGUCCGUACCUAUCUAAUAACCGUGCCAUCAACUCGUCCA